AUGCCGUUAUCGAAAUCUAUCUACGCAGUGUUACUGUCCUUGAGCUUUCUUUUUAGUAGAUCUCAAGGAUUUUUUGCAGGAAGAGAAAUCAUCGGCUAUCGAACAGUUACCGCAGAGGAAGCCGCGUAUCUUAAUGAGCAUAGAAAGCCACGCAGAGAUAAAGAAGACGAUGAAGCCGAAGGAAGCUGGAAUCAAAUAGGAAAUGGCUAUUAUAUAACACAAAGUGCCGAAAGCUGGGAAGAUAAUCCAGAGGAAAAUCACUGGCAUUGUAUUAUCGAAGCAGAUAGCGACAAGAUGAAUGAUGCGUCUAAAAUAUAUAUCCCGGAAUAUGAAACGUUUAUAGGCUGGGAUGAUGUGUAUAGGGAAAAGCAAUUAUGGAACUCCGGAGACGAAGCAAACGUCCUGGAAUACGUCGAGUCAUAUUUCCUAAAUCCCGACAAGACGCUGCGCUUUUCCUGGAUGUCAGAUUACGGGUGGAAUUUGAUAAUGGUUAUUCCCACUGAAAUGUUGAAUAACGAUGAUUUGGAUUUAUGGUCUAUAUGCUAUGAAAAACGGGAGGAUCAGUUGGAAUAUUCGAGAGAAACUAUUGACUGGGAGAAAUGGGAAAUCGAUGGACAGCUUGGGUUACCGAGCGCUACAAUGCUCGCUAGGAAAGCUUACGCUGAGUUUGGAGCUCACAACACUGAGAUUGCCCCCUCUGACGUUGGCAUUGGCGCUAGUUCAGUUGCGAGAACGGUCUAUGUUCAGCCUAAAGACCAUUCGGAUGGUCGCGGAGUCUAUCAAAAGUUCGGCUCUGCGAUUCAGAGAGUUGGGCUGAGGAUCUUUGGAAGGAGCCAAUUAAGCACUAGGGAUUCCACGUCCGAUCUCCAAGUAGCUCUUUCGUGUGCGGGAGCGCUCGCAUACCGGCAUCAAAAGACUGCUGCUGUUAUCAAAAAGAAUUGUCAUACCAUGGGGUCAAAUCUCUCUGACUCGACUCCAACCAUGGAACCUGGAGCCUCUCAACUCCACGAGUCUCCCGUUCAACAAUUUCGCGACUCACCUUUAUCUUCUCCCCCCGAGCAUACGGUCAUUGGUGUGCCUACUACCUCUUCAACCCCUUCUUAUACAGAUCUUGUGGCCAAUCUGGAGCCAAAUAUUAAUCAGAUUACAGCUAUGCCACUGGCAGUUUCUUCCGAGAGCGCUACAGCAGAGCUCUAUCCAGAUAUCGACAUCACUUCAGAGAUCGAUAUCACUUUAGAGAUUGAUAUCACUCCAGAGAUCGCCGCGCCAACCUUCACCUUAUUCGAAAAGCUGCCAUCAGAACUCCACCUCAAAAUUUGGCGUGAAGCAUCAGAAUCACCCGAAGAAGCACAAGCACCCAAGACUGUCCAGGUGACACUCACCAAGCCAACCCCCGACAGCCCCAGACCGAAAUUCAAAAUGUUGACACCCGUGCCUGCCCUUCGGCAUGUGUGCAGCGAAUCACGAUCUGUGGCUUUAGAGGGCUUUCAGCCUGCUUUCGUAACCAAGUGUGGCAGAGACGGCAAAGAGGAGGCCGCGAGAGAAGGUGACGUCUAUGUUCAUCCUUACCUUGACACUAUCGUCUUGAUUAUUCCGGAUUGGAUUCGCCAGUUUAACCAAUGGUCUCGUUUUGGCAAGAACCCUGCAGGGGUAACAAAGACAACAGCAACAGCAACAACAGCGACAAAGAGUUUCUGGGGUGACUCUACGCACUACUUCAGUCUGUUCGAGCUCUACCCAGAUGUGGAGGCAGAUGGAAAGAGGGGAAUUAUUGUGUGGCCUAAAUCCAUUCCUCGGUUUGGCACCCAGGAAGGAGACUGUGGAGCGCUGAAGGUGCCGUGCCUCUUCCCGGACUCUUGGGAUGGCUUCUGGGAUGACCUCUGCGAUCACAUCGAGGAAGAGCAGAGGCUCGACUUGGACCUGCCCAAGCCAGGCCGCUACGACUUUCUCUUCGCGAGGGCGUGA